AUGGCCGCUGUCCAGCAACUGCUGGUAAGCCCAUCGCCCGCGCCAGCAUCUGUGCCUUCACAGCGAAUCACCAGCCAAAGCGCAGAGUCUGGCAGCAUGGACGUUGAUGGCAGCGCCGGCAAUGACCCGGUUAUGAUUGACAGCGGACUGAUGAAGGGCGCGCCGCAGACGGGCGAUGCUCGGAUCGUCGUCAUCGUGUAUGGGCAGGGGCAGGACAGCGUCGUCUCUGUUUUCGCAGAGGUUCUGGGCAAGCCGGUCAAGCUGAAGCAGCACUUUAAAGAUGUUGAUCGUGAGGACGAGGGCUUCGUCAUUGGCCUGCCGCUUGGAGACGCCAAACACGACGUGGAGGAGAGGGACCAGCAGCUCCUCGUGGCGAUUAAUGCCCACUGCCUGAUGGCCAAAUCGAGGACCUUCUUCAUCUCCACCACAUUUCCAGACGUUCAUGCGGCUCUUCCCAACUUGGAUAUUCUCACCGUUGGGGCUGAUGCGGUCGAGAUCCGUGUGGAUCUUCUGCGCGAGCCCAAGGGCGACGGCGCCUUUUCUGAUAUCCCGAGCCUGAGCUACGUCGGACAACAGGUCAUGCUACUGCGCCAGAGAACAGAGCUUCCCAUCAUCUUCACCACCAGAUGCACAAAUGAAAAUGGAAAGUUUCCCAUGGACAAGCCCGACUUGUACUAUGAAUACCUCUACCGGGCCGUCCAGUGGGGCGUCGAGUAUAUCGAUGUUGAGUUGUGGCUGCCCGAGCAUAUUCGAAAGAAGCUAUACGAAAAGAGGGGGAACUCUCGCAUCAUGUCUGCAUUCCACGACUUCUCGGGCACGUUCAAGUGGCCGUCGCAAUACGCACAGGACGUCUUCGUAAAAUCCAAGCAGUAUGCCGAUAUCGUCAAGAUGAUUGCCAUAAUCAACGACCACAACGAGAACUUUGAGCUUGAGUACUUCCGCUCAAAGAUCAAGGCCGAGUAUCCAGACGCGCCACCACUCUCGGCUGUCAAUAUGGGCGAAAUUGGCCAGUUUUCAAGAACACUAAACACGGUAUUCUCACCCAUCACGCAUCCCCUCCUACCCAUCAUCGCGGCUCCCGGCCAGAUGAGCACGGCCGAGAUCAACGGCGCCCUGGCACUGCUCGGCCAGCUUCCAAAGAAGUACUUUUACGGCAUCAGCAGCGCUGCUGCUCGGAAUAUUGCCCCGCGAGCGCCCUUUUACGAGAAAUGCUUCAACGAGCUGGGGCUACCGCACCAAUUUGCUGUGGUAGAGCGCCAGCACAACAACCCGGCAGGUAUCCAGGCAUGGUGCAACCAGAGAGACUUUGGAGGUGCCUAUCUCGACCCGGGAUUGUCGUACCAGACCAUCAUGAGGCACAAUCCUUGGUUUGCGACGCUGCAGAACGGCAAAGGGCCAAUUCUGUCCGAGGCGGCACAGGGGAUCGGUAUCAUUGACACAAUCGUUGUGAAGCCUGCGGCUUCCGGAUUGAACGCGACACCGCCUUCUCAAUAUGACGGCACAUUACCGCCGGGAGGGCAGCCGGGCUUGACCUCGAACACCUCAUUAGUCUUUGACAAUGCCAGUUGGAGAGGCAUCCUGUCUACACUAACCCGUGAUCUAGCCCCCUCUGCAUACUUUGACCGCACAGCAGUAGUGCUAGCAUUGACUGCCGACGACGCCGCGCCAGUCUUCUUUGCGCUGAAAGCCCUCAAGAUGUCAAAGAUAUACACCGUUGGCUUCAGGACGCCAUCGACAUUGGCCCGAAACGCGCCCCCGAUCGAACAAUUCAUCAGCAUGGAAAGCCUUCAGCGUGCCCGAUCCGUGGCAGACAACCGAGCGCCAUUCGUUAUCAUAUCGGCCCUUGGCCGAGGCAAGAGCAACAUUGUCGGCAUGUUGCUGCGAGUUUUUGGAGAGGCCGAUCCCGAAGCGUCAUCGAACACGAAAAAGGUCUUUUUGAACCUGGCCGAGGCGGCAUCGCACCAGAAGAACGAUCCCGUUGCAGUUGCCGAACAGAGCGGGUUUACCGCAUACGAUGCGGCUGACGUUGCGGCCUUUACGACGGUCGAGAGCCUGCGGCUGCUUGUUGGCCAAAACGUACCAUACAGCUUCGUACGACUGGCUAGCGGUAGGAACUUGUUCUGA